AAACACUAGCUCAUUGUUUCCAAUGCAUUUUAUACAGCUAUUUUGCUUUUAAAAACAUGAAGCAUUGAUCAUAAAUAUUUAUUUGGCAACUGUACAGCUUGCAUUGAAAGCUCAUUUCAAUCUGUUUUUUUUUUUUUUUUCGUUCAAGAUGAAUUUUAAUAGGUAUUUAUCAUUAUAAAGCACAUUUCUACGCAGACUCACACAACAAGGGAAUCAAUAGAAUUAGUUAUGGAGGAUAAGUAUUCAUCCAACUCAGGAAAUCAGCAUGGAAGCAGAGGGAAUUUCGUCACCAUUCUUAGCAUUGAUGGCGGAGGUGUAAGAGGAAUCAUCCCUGGAGUUAUACUCGCUUACUUGGAAUCCCAGUUGCAGGAGCUAGAUGGUGAAGAUGCAAGACUUGCAAAUUAUUUCGAUGUGAUAGCAGGAACAAGUACAGGUGGUCUUGUAACGGCGAUGCUAACGGCACCUGAUUCAAACAAUCAACCUCUUUAUUCCGCCAAAGACAUAGUUCCCUUUUAUCUCCAGCAAUGUCCUAAAAUAUUUCCUCAACCAAGGGGGCUAUUUGCAGGGUUAAUCGGAACGUUGAAGGCGUUUGCGGGCCCAAAAUACGACGGUAAAUACAUACGCACUCUUACAAGGGAGAUUUUGGGGGAUUUAAGGUUGCAUCAAACCUUAACCAAUGUCGUUGUUCCCACUUUCGACAUCAAGAAACUUCAACCUGUCAUCUUCAGUUCUUAUACGCAGGCAGAAAAGAACUCUACAAUGGAUGCGCUGUUAUCAGACAUAUGCAUCAGUACUUCAGCUGCACCAACCGCCCUUCCUCCCCAUUAUUUUGAGAACCAGGGCGACGCAUUCAACCUCAUAGACGGCGGCAUUGCUGCUAAUAACCCGACUUUGGUUGCUAUUUCGGAGGUAACGCGAGAGAUUUCCAACCACAACUCCGGAUCCGAUGAUCCCAUGGAUUUAAGGCGUGUUCUCGUAGUAUCGCUGGGCACGGGCGCCCGGAAGAACGAAGAAAAAUACGAUGCCAAAACUGCUUCGGAAUGGGGGGUGGUGGGAUGGCUCUAUGCAACUCCAAGUCCCUUGCUACGAGCCUACAACCAGGCCACUUCAGACAUGGUUGAUUUUCACAAUGCCGUAUUUUUUAAAGCGCUGCAUUCACAACAUAAUUAUCUUCGCAUUCAGGAUGAAAAUCUGAGUGGAGACAUGGUGAAUAUGGAUAUGGCAACAACGGAAAACUUGGAGAAUUGCGUAAGGCUUGGAGAAGAGCUAUUGAGCAAACCAGUUUCGAGGAUGAAUUGUCAAACGGGAGUUUAUGAGACUGUUGAGAAUGGUGGAACCAAUAGCGAGUCAUUGAAAAAGUUUGCAAAAUUGCUUUCGGAAGAAAGAAAGCUAAGAUUACAGAGUUGUAGCUGAAAACAUUUCAUCUUGCAUUAUUGUUGUACUUUUACUCCAUGUUUCAAAAUCAUUGCAAUUUCCUUAUUUAUUUGUAAAUGUAUUUAUACUUUUGUUGAAUUUUGUGAUUUUCAUGUUGAUUUUUCUGGGAAUUUUAUGAGGGAUGGAACAAAUCAGAAGUGUUGUCUUUGGACUUGAGGUUGUGGCUUCCGAGCUCUGACUUUUGUCUUUUCGUGUUCUGGCUAAAUUGUGUCUUCAAGGCUUUGACUUCUCGAGUUUUUACUUC